AUGGGUUCCGCCGAUUUCGUGCUUCCGCUAUCAACCUCCCCAGACCUCACCCUGGUCGUACCCACCCCCAACGAACGACUCGAGUGUCUACGAAUCAAUGGCCAGUCGUGGCGGGGGCGCAUGUCUCCCGAAGAGUAUAUUGGUCGAGAGAACCAUUUGAUGAGCCAGGACAUGACCAGAGACGGCGCUUUGACUUGCUGGAUUCUGACUGAUCGUAACUCCCCACCCGACUCCCGUCCUAUCCUCAGCAGCUGCGAGACCUUCUUGAAAGACGCCUUUCUCGCCUACAACGGCAGCGUGGAAGACAUACUCGCCCAUGGGAUUGGGAGUGUCUUCUCGCGGCCAGAAUAUCGUGGAAGAGGCUAUGCCAAACGAAUGAUCCUGGAGCUCGCCCAUAUUCUCGACACCUGGCAGCUGGAGAGCACAACUAGGAAGAAAUCGGUGUUCUCCGUACUCUAUUCUGACAUAGGCAAGUCAUUCUAUGCGGCGCUUGGUUGGAAGCCAUUCCAGUCGUCCCAUUACAGCCUUGCUCCGAUUCGUAAACAGACAUCUGCAAACUCUGAAAGUCUGGAUAUGACACUCGUCAAAGAUAUGACAAGGGAUGAUGUGGAGAGAUACAUGUGCGCCGAUGCAGUUCUCGAGGGCUGUCGUUCUAUCUUAAAAGAGGCCUCUACCAAAGAUUCAAAAGCUAAGGUCGCUGUCCGCCCUGAUUUCAACCACAUGACUUGGCAUUGGGCCAGAGAGGAGUUCUAUGUCAAAACGCUGCUUCAAGACAAAGGCGAGCCAAAGGUCAAAGGUGCUGGCGUUCCAAGUCGAAAUGUGUUUGUCUCGUGGAACCGAAACUUUGGUACUGCGAAGGAACAGACGCUGUUUAUCCUGCGAACUUUGUACAAAGAGCCAUCAUCCCCUUCUGAGCGGCAAACGACAGUGGACGCAAUUGCUGCAGUUCUUCGCCGUGCCCAGUACGAGGCUGACGAAUGGGGACUCAGCCAGGUAGAAAUCUGGAAUCCAACGUCCUUGAUAGAAGAAGCUGUCAAGCAACUGGAUAGCACUGCAGAAUUGGUCCACCGAGAAUCCAAAGGUAUUACAAGCCUGAAGUGGAAUGGCAAAGAGUUGGGCCUUGGGGAGGAAGUUGACUGGGUCUGGAACGAAAAGUAUGGGUGGUGUUAG